AUGGUGGGGUUUAUCUUCUGUAGUGGCCCCUCUGAGGACAUAGACUAUGGUGGGUUUAUCUUCUGUAGUGGCCCCUCUGAGGACAUAGACUAUGGUGGGUUUAUCUUCUGUAGUGGCCCCUCUGGGGACAUAGACUAUGGUGGGUUUAUCUUCUGUAGUGGCCCCUCUGAGGACAUAGACUAUGACUAUGGUGGGUUUAUCUUCUGUAGUGGCCCCUCUGGGGACAUAGACUAUGGUGGGUUUAUCUUCUGUAGUGGCCCCUCUGGGGACAUAGACUAUGGUGGGUUUAUCUUCUGUAGUGGCCCCUCUGGGGACAUAGACUAUGGUGGGUUUAUCUUCUGUAGUGGCCCCUCUGAGGACAUAGACUAUGGUGGGUUUAUCUUCUGUAGUGGCCCCUCUGAGGACAUAGACUAUGGUGGGUUUAUCUUCUGUAGUGGCCCCUCUGGGGACAUAGACUAUGCCGUCUAUCUGGCCAGGAGAAACAUCCGGAAGAAGGGGAUGCUGGAGCCCUAUGAGCAGCAACACUACGACAAUCUCCACAAAUGGAUGAACCCCAAGUGGGAUUUCAUCGUGAUGCAGGCUACAGAGCAGUACAAGGCUAAUAAAGAGAGGAAGAAGCCAGACAGAGUGGUGUUGGACUGUCAGGAGAGAGCCUACUGGAUAGUACACAGGCCACCACGUCGGACACACAGUGCCAUGGACUAUGGUCUGGACCGUCUCAUUGACCCCAAUGCAGAGGAGGUGUUGACCUUCGACGUGGUCAGGAGAACCAACAUUUUCCUUACACAAGCCCUAAUGAGGUCAGCUGUCAAAUCGUCUGUGUCCCUCACAGCCUUCGUCAAGUUCGUGACAACCCACCACAAUCACGACCCGUUCCUGACAACCCCUGUCCCCAGCAACCCUUGGAUAACGGACAGUGAUGAGUUCUGGCAACUCAACUCAAGAAGUGUGGACAUCCCCACUAAGUUGAGUGUGGAGCGUUGGGUCUUGAGCUUCUGGGAGCUGAUCAGUGACCCACGAGGCAGAGUCGACUUCAAGCUCUUCCUCAAGAAGGAGCACAGUGGUCAGAACAUGGCGUUCUACGAGGCAGCUGAGGAGAUGAGGUGGGGAGCAGCGUCUGCCAUGUGUGUCACCUUCCUGAAGCCUGGAGCUCCUCGAUGGAUCAACAUCGAUGGUCGUACCAUGGGGCUGACAGUGAAGGGUCUGGUUGUUCCUCACCGCUACGUGCUGGACGCUGCCCAGACACACAUCUUCCUGCUCAUGAAGAAGGAUACGUUCUACCGGUACCUGAAGUCUCCGGUCCAUAAAGACAUGCAGAAGAGGGCUCUGGUCCCGGCGCCCCACGUCUUCACUGAUGCCCAGUUGGAGGCCAAUGUGAGGAAUCGUAACCCAGGCAUCAGCCCCAUCCUGCAGUGGCAGCAGGAGGAGGAGGAGAAGGCAGCAGCAGCUGUUGCUGCCAGGCCCAUUGACGUCAAAGCCAUGGUGGCCACCAACAAGCUGGACAGGAAGUAGAGAGGGCCCAGGGCAUCAUGGGAAAUGGAGUUUAAUAUACAUGCGGUUGUUCAUCUAAUAUAUAUAUUUGGUUUCCAUGGAGAUGGUGUUACAUAGGACUACUUUAUGUCCUAAAUAUUGGACUUAUUAGCUAUUGUUUUAAUGGAGAUAUUGGUAUUGUAUAGAAUAAUUUAUGUCCUCGACAACUGAUGUCAAGCCAGUACGGAUUGGUUGAUUGAGGGAAAUAAACUAUUGUCUGUUGAGUACCUGUGUUGUGUUAAGGCGAUUUACUGUACUGAGAAUGAAUCUGCUGAUGAUAAAAUCUACUUUAGUUCAGAUGGACAGAGAACAGGGACUGUCUGUAGGGGCCCUCUGCUACACAACAUACUACUACAU